AUGAAACUACCAAUGUUACCAAUUAAACCCAACAGUCACAGCCACUCUCUUUCAUCACCAGUUCACAGUUCCAUAGCAGCUUCAGUCCCCUUCAGCUGGGAAGAAGAGCCUGGCAAGCCCAAGCAACACUCUUCUUCCUCCUCCUCCUCCUCACCACUAACUUCUUCUUUUUCAUCUUCUCCUGAAACCCACAAAUCGUUGGAGCUACCACCAAGGCUACACUCCCUUGAAAAGGAUGGAGGAUCAAUUACCAAACUUCACUCUCCCAUCACCGUCUUUGAUGGACCUUAUAGCAUGACGAGAUCAAGAAGAUUGGAUUCACCUUCCUUUAGGAUGAUGGUGAAGGGUAGUGGUGACUGUUAUGGCUCUUUCAGGAGCGACAUCUAUGGUGAUUUAGAUGAGGUUGAUGAGGAGACCACGAACCAGAACAUGAGUAGUGGCUCUUUGGCUCUUGUGAGGAAGAGAGGGAGAUUAGGGUUUUUUGGGUUUAGGAGGAAGAGAGCAUUGAAGGGAAAAACAGAGUUUGGUAGAGGUAGUUAUGUGUUUCCUUCUUCCGUGGACAGAGAGAGUGAAUGCGGAAGAAAAGAUGAGGAAGAAGGAGAAGACAAAAGCUUUGGCUAUGGUGAUGGUGAUGGUAUUAGUUGCAGCCAAAGCAGCAGGUUUAGUGAAGCGAAGGUUACAAACAUUAGCAGAACAGGAAGCUUCUCUGCUCUGCCUGCACCACCACCUUCUUCAAAGUCCCACUUCUGGACGAAUGUGUAUGCAGGACUAAAGCAAGUGGUUCCAUGGAAGAACAAGAAGACUACAGGUUGA